AGGGGUGUUUACACGCGCGCGCGAGAAGAUGGCGGCGGCGGGGGAAGCAGCAUGAGCGGCCUCACUCAUUGAAACGGAUCGCCAUGGCCUCCCCUAGCGCGCAGUAUAUCUUUGGGGAGUUUAGCGAUGACGAGUUCAAGCAGUUCUUUGUGACAACACGCUGCACAGUCGAGCUACCCCCUUUUAAUGAAUCUAUUCAGUGUAGCCAACAGUCUUCAAGUGAUCUUCAAGAUGGAGAAGAGUAUCAGCGAAUUGAGUUUGGUGUCAACGAAGUCAUUGAUGUUGAUGCAUCGCUACUCAACAACACAGAUUACAGUAUUUCAAGCACCCUGAACCCUCAGGCUCCAGAGUUCAUCCUCGGCUGUUCUCCUAACCCGAAAACGCCCAACGACGUUCUACAUGAAAACAACUAUGACUCCAUGGAUGGCCAGUUUGCCGAGUCUGCCCAUCCGGAUGGCAGUGGCAAUGCAGACAGCGAUGGCACAUCAGGCAUGGGACAACGGGAGCGUAAAAAGAAGAAAAAAAGACCACCUGGAUACUACAGUUAUUUAGAAGGGGUUGGAGGUGAUGAGGCCCCUGCAGAGACCCUUGUUAAUGGGCAUGCUAACUCGGCAGGACUUAACAGUAUAAGCACAGAGGACCCUGAGCUUGCUGAAGAUGUACCAAUCUCUUCAGCUUCUCCUAGGACUUGUGACAGCCCGGAUAAUUCUGUGGACUUUAACCACGAAGCUUUGUCUCAUGUUGCUUCUGUUCCUAAUGCACUAGACGAUGCCAGGACUGCUGGUCAGCCUGAGGAAUGCAGUGUUAGUAGUUCUGAACAAUCUUUCGUGCCCUCAGACAGUGGGAGGGAGAGCCCAGUAAGGACAGCUGUUGUCCAGCCUUUUGCUGGUACUGAUACUACUGAAAGUCUUGGCGUUACUAAUGGACAAACACUUGAAGCCCCAGAGGAGGGUUUGACCUCUAAUGGGGUGGAAUUGUACCCGGAGGUCAGUGCCACCUCGGAGCAAGCCAAGCAAGAGGAUACUUCGGCUUCUGUGGCUGUGACCCAUGUUACUGGGGCAGCCAAUGUAAAUCAACCAGCUAAGUCAUGGGCUAGUCUCUUUCACAAUUCAAAGCCCUCACCAACCACACAGGUGGCUUAUGUUGAGACUAAAUACGCCCCUCCUGCCACAUCACCCCAGGUCCCAGAGAAACAAGCUGAAGUGAAAGAGGGUCCUGUUCCAGUAUCAGAGGAUCCAGUAGCCAUAAAGAUUGCAGAACUGCUUGAAGGAGUAAAGCUUGUUCAUAAGCCGGUAUCGUUACAACCACGAGGAUUGAUCAACAAAGGAAACUGGUGUUAUAUUAAUGCUACGUUGCAGGCGCUGGUGGCUUGCCCGCCUAUGUAUCAUCUUAUGAAAUCCAUUCCAAUCUAUACUAAAGCCCAGAGGCCGUGUACGUCCACUCCCAUGAUCGACAGUUUCGUGCGUCUGAUGAACGAGUUCACAAGUAUGCCGGUACUAAAUAAGGCAAAACAAGCUUCCGGAGAGAAGGUUGUCAGGGAUAUCCGCCCAGGGCCACCUUUCGAACCGACCUACAUUUACCGUUUACUGACAGUUUCCAAAUCAACUCUUUCAGAAAAGGGUCGUCAGGAAGAUGCAGAGGAGUACCUUGGCUUUGUCCUCAACGGGCUGCAUGAAGAAAUGCUAUCGCUGAAAAAGCUUCUUUCUCCACAGGACGACAAACUACAAAUCUCCAACGGCCCUGACACCCAGCCUGGGAACGAAGAGGAGGAGAGCAGCCAACAUGUAGAGCAGGCUGAAGGCAGCGACGAGGAAUGGGAGCAGGUUGGACCCCGCAACAAAUCUUCUGUCACCCGGCAAGCCGACUUUGUGCGGACCCCAAUCACCGAUGUUUUUGGUGGACAUAUGAGGUCUGUCGUGUACCAGCAAAGCUCGAAAGAGUCUGCCACCCUGCAGCCGUUUUUCACCCUCCAGUUGGAUAUUCAGUCUGAGAAGAUUCGCACGGUCCAAGAGGCUUUGGAAAGCUUGGUGGCGAGGGAGUCUGUCCAAGGCUACACCACCAAAACCAAACAAGAGGUUGAGGUUAGUCGCAGGGUGACCUUGGAAGAGCUGCCCCCUGUUCUAGUCUUGCAUCUCAAGAGGUUUGUGUUUGAAAAGACUGGCGGCUGUCAGAAACUCAUCAAGAACAUUGAGUAUCCUGUGGACCUGGAAAUUAGUAAAGAUCUGCUUUCUCCUGGAGUGAAAAGUAAGAUUUUCAAAGGCCAAAGAACCUAUCGGCUCUUUGCAGUCGUCUAUCACCAUGGAAAUAGCGCAACUGGUGGCCAUUACACUACAGACGUCUUCCAGAUCGGUCUAAAUGGCUGGCUACGCAUAGACGACCAGACUGUCAAAGUGAUAAACCAGUACCAGGUGGUGAAACAGACUGUGGAGCGUACGGCCUACCUCCUGUAUUACCGGCGCGUGGACCUGCUGUGAAGCUGUCUCCAUGCGCAAAAAAACAAGCUUCAUGGAACGACUCACAUCGCAUCUCCUUUUUAUCCUAUGCUCUUUUUUUCGAGUGAAACUCUUACCUUUUCCCCCCUUCCUGCAGCUCUUUCUUUCCUUCCUUCCUUGAAUUUUUAGAAUAGUGUAGGUGGGAAUGUGUAAACAACUCCUACUGCUAUAACCCUUUUGAGCGCCAUAGCUGGUGGAUGGGUGGCUACAGACGAUGGUGUUACUGCACCUCGACACCCAGAGGGUUAAGCGUGCCAUGUAACUUGCAGCGCUGAAAUCAUUUAUAGGAUUUAGUCAAAUGUUUAUGGAGGUAUUCUUUAAACUGCUGAUAGUUAACAUUUACGCUGUCGGAGGGUUCUUCAGGGCUGGUUAGAAUGCCAAAAUCUGCUUGGGUAAGAUCCUUAAAGAAGGUAAAUUGGGGAGAUUUAUGAUUCAACUUACAAAAAAAAACUGAUACAAAGUUUUUAAAUAUUUUUUUAGUGUCUAGGCUAACAGUGGCAGUCCUUUUCUCCUUUGACAUCCACAAGCCUAGCCAAAGAUACAUUGCACCAGCAUCAAAUCUUGUACAUUUCUGUGAAAAAGAAAUAUUCUCUUGAAUUCAUGUUUUGCUUCUUCCCCACCAGCUGUUUCACACCAUUACAAUCCCUGUCAUCAGCUUUUCAAAUCAUUGAAUUUAAAAGAAAAAAAGGAAGAAAAAAAAAAUAACCGGCUGCUUUUUUUCUCAAAGGGUUUCUUGUAGAACCCAGUUAGAAGAAAAAAAUAUAAAAAAAAAAGCCAAAAAAAUACAAAAACCCACAAAAAAAACAAUGGCUUUAUUAAGGUUGCUGGGUGCCUCAUAGGAAUAAAUACAUUCUUUAAAUGUGAGGUAUUAGGCUGUUUUAUCUUAGCUGCUGGAUUGACUGAAACAUAUUCAAUUGGUUCUUGUAGCAAAAGGAUUUAAAGCACUGCAAGCGAAAUAAAGUUGGAGUUAAAGGUUAGUCAGUGUAAAUGGUUGAUCCUAACUUUACUGCUACUCGGUUCAUACUGCAAAUACUAAUGAGCGCACGCAGGAUUAAUGAUGGAGGAAGGUGGGAUAAAUGAUCGCUCUGUUUAAUUUUGCUGUCUUGCUCUCCUAUAAGUCCCUAAUUGUUACACAGGUUAGUGAUAUUUAGGAGUAAAGUUCUUGCCCAUCAAUAAAAGUCACAAGUUGGUUUAAAAA